GAAAACGCACCAGAUUCAAGUAAUUCAGUAUACAAUUGAAGUGCGAAGAAUACAGACAUCGGCUUAUCAUUGAGCAUUCAUAAAAAAAAACAACAACAAUGUACCGCAUACUAUCAGCACUGUUUCUUGUCAGUGUACUCGGCAGUAUUGCAAGAAAUGUCAGUGCAAUAGAAUCAGAGAAAAUACGUUCCAACUGCCCUGAUGAGGCGGAUAAAUGGCCAUGUCGCAGUGGCGCAUGUAUCCCAAUAUACGAAGUCUGCGAUGGCAUCAGACACUGUCGCGAUAGUUCUGACGAGAACGAGGAAGUUUGCAGAGAUACACAAUGUGCGGAGGCAAAUUUUCGCUGUGCUUAUGGGGCUUGCAUAUCGAUCGAACGGAUUUGUGAUGGUGUUGACGAUUGUUUGGAUUCAUCGGAUGAAGAACAUGAGAUGUGUCUCAAAAGACGCCUUGAAGAUAAAUUUGGCGAAGAAGAGCAACGCAAAAAUUGUGCUGGAUUUGGACAAAUGAAAUGCUGGUCCGGUCAGUGUGUUCGGACCAUGGACAAAUGUAAUGGUGUAGUGGAUUGUGCUGACGGGAGCGAUGAAUGGCCUAACUUAUGCACCAUGGAUGUAUGCGACGAAAACACACAAUUUCAAUGCAAUUACGGGGCCUGCAUAGACCUCAGCGCAAAGUGUAAUGGCACAGAAGAAUGCUGGGACAAGAGCGAUGAAGCUGUAGAAUUUUGUGAACUGGCUGACAAUAGCACAACAAUAAUUCCUGAUUUUACUGAAGAGCCAGCAACAAACACGACAGCUCGAUAUCCUAUUAAAUAUCAGAAACCUCGUUACUGUUCUCACCAAUGGAUUGCAGACAAUUCGGCCUAUUGUACGUUAAAAAGUUCUAAAGUUAAAUGUGAAAAUAUAUUACCGGGAACAAUUGUUCACAUAGGUUGCAAAUUUGAUGUUGGUAAAUGCCACAAAUGCACUACAGAACUACAAUGGGUUAAUUUGGAAGCUGAUUGUGCCUACUUUGAUGAUUCGUUUUCAAAGUUCACAAGAUUCCUUUUUGGUUUAUUUAAAUAGUGUGUUAUUGAAUUUCCAUAGUAGCGUGUGAGCAUCCCAUACUAUUUUCCGUUCGAUUGUAUGUACUAUUUCGGCAAUUAAUCAUCUGGUGCGACAGAGAAAGAAAUAUACAAAUAUACAUAGGUGCAAAUAAUGAAGAAUAUAGCACGUGAUCAAAAAUAAAUUGAUAAAAUAGGAUAAAAGAGAGAAAUAGCAGACUAAACGUACAUAUCUCUCAAAGUUGUAUUGGUUUAAGUUUACUAUUGUAAUUGAAUAGACAAUAACGCAAUUAU